AAUGCAAUCAACCAAUACUUAAAGUCCUUAAAAACCAUAAACUGUUUCUCCAAGUAUUACUUAUUUUCAUAAAAUUCAGGUAAAUCCAUUGGACCUUAUCGAACUGUAAUUCUAUAUUGAAUAUCUCUUUUAGAUUAUUACUACUUAUUCUCCAUUCUCUACUCUUCCAAAGAAUAUAAAAGUAGAAGAUUCUCCAAUUAAAAAAGUAGAAUAAUUUGAUUGUAAUAAAUCGAUUAAUACUUUAAAUAAACCUAUAAGAGAAAUGAGUAAAAGUUACUCAAAAAGUUCAGAUAAAAUUAUUAUAAAAGAUAUUAAAAAUGAAGAACAAUAUAUAGGUUAAUAUAAUGAGAAUUUGAGAGAAGGAAUAGGCAAAUUAUUUAAUAGUUAAGGUGUAUUGAUUUAUGAAGGAUAAUGGCUUAAUGAUUAACUACAUGGUAAUGGAAUAUAUUAUAAUAAUGAUAUAAAUUCUUAAUUCACUAAGUAUAUUGGUUAAUUCUAAUUUGGAUAAAAAUUUGGAGCUGGUAUUGAAUAUUAUAGAGAUGGUUCAAUUUAUGUUGGUAAUUUUGAAUCUGGUUGUAAAAAUGGUAUGGGAUAAUUAACUAAAAAAAAUGGAGAUAAACUUAAUGGAUUAUGGCUCAAAGGUAAAUUGAUUUCUAAAAUAUGA